AUGCGAAAAGAUCCAGUCAAAUAUUCGGAAUUCUACCGCAAUUAUUCAUUGUAUUUCAAAGAAGGUGUUGUCACUGAACAAGAUCAGACUGUAAAGGUUCGUAAUUUUUUUGGGGGAAAAAUUGUGAUUAUUUUGUAUAUUUAGGAAGAAGUCGCGAAAUUGUUGCUUUUCGAGUCAUCUUCGAAAAAGGCUGGAGAAUUGACAAGUUUGGGAGAUUAUGUGAAAAGAAUGCAGGAAGAUCAGAAGGAGAUUUAUUAUAUGUAUGCAAAUAAGUAGGUUUUUUUCAAUUGAGAAGGGAUUUUUAACAAGAAAACUGUUUCACGAGCACACCUCGGCGAAAAUCGUGGUUUCCACAAUAAAAAAUUGUACGCUAACUUUUUACAGUAUAAAAAUUGUGAAUUUUUCCGUUUUUUGUCCUCUAUAAAUUGAGAUUUUUGAAUUUUUGACCUCUAAAAACUGAAAUUCUGAUUUUUCCAAAAAUUGUACUCUGGCCAGCCACUGCUUGGCCGAGGUGUGUUCACGAGUUUGCUGAAAUUUCUUGUACUAAUUUUCAUCCCUUCUACAUCUAAUACCGUAUUACUUUUAGUCGUCAACUCGCCGAAUCAUCUCCAUAUUAUGAAGUUAUCAAAUCUCAGAACAAAGAAGUUCUAUUCUUAUAUGAUCCAGCUGAUGAAGUUGUGUUCCUUGGAUUAGGACAAUUUGCGAUGAAAAAUUUGGUACCGGUUGAAAAAUGGGCACAAGAAGAAGCUGGAAAUGAGGAUAAAACUGCUGGAGAUCAAAGUUUGUUUUUCGUUUUCUUUUAUUUUGAAAAUCCCCCGAUCAUUUAAAAAUGUUUUUAAAUAUUUUUGCAGAAGAAUUCCGUGACACAGACAAAAAAGAAUUGUUGGAUUGGAUGAAACAAACAUUGGGAAGUGUAAAAGUGGCUGAAAUAUCUGGAAAUCAUCGAGCAUCGGAUCAUCCAAUUAUGGUUACUGUACUUGAUAUGGGCGCCGCGCGACAUUUUUUGAGAACUGGUGAAAUUAAGGAUAUGGAACAUUUGGUGUAUUUCAAACCGCAUGUUCAUGUCAAUUUGACACAUCCAUUGAUCAAAUCGCUUUAUAAAAUGAGAAGAAAUGAUAAGGAGACUGCGGAGAUUUUGGCUGAACAGGUUGGAUUUUUUUUUGGGAAAGGGGGAGGAAACUUUUUUUGAAGUUUUAUAGAAGUUUCGGGAACUUCGAGCUGAAAAAUUGUCGAAAUUUAAAAAAACACGCAUUUUUUUAAUGUUGAAGGUGGUGAAUUCAAAUCUCCUGCCAAAUUUCCAAAGCCGCGAAAUUCAAAAAAUCAAAUUCUUGGCUCAAUUUUUCGAGCUGCGAAAUUCGAAAAUUCAAAUUUCCCGCCAGAAAUCCCAAGGCGCUAAAUUGAAAAUUCAAAUUUCCCGCCAAAUUUUCCAAAAAAAAAUUCAGAUUUAUGACAAUGCUCUGAUCACUGCUGGUUUAAUAAAAGAUACAUCUCGAAUGGUUGGUCGACUCAAUAAAUUGCUCACAAAUUUGGCUGGAAAUAAAUCAACAUCCACCAUUUUGACACCAUAA